CACCCAUCUCAGACAUGUGAUUGUGACAUCCCUAGGGCUCCCAGAUGGAUGCUAUCAGUCAUGAUGGGUUUUCAGGAGAAUAAAGAGCUACCACCUCAUGGGAGCUGCAGGGAGCCCUGAGCAGGCCUGUGAUCGCGGGCAGAACACGGAGGACAAAAGCAGAAGGUGUGUGGGGGAUGGAGCCCAGCUUCUCUGGGGCAGGGUGUGAGGCAGGAGGCGACGGGGUUUGGCCAGGCCAGACCUGCCUCCACUGCCCCCUGCCAGGGUUCUGGCCCUUCUUUCUCAGCUCCUGUCUCUGUGGAAUGGGCGGUGGUUCUUGUGGUGGCGGGCAGGCACAGUCUGCAUGGGCCCGUCACUGUGCCCGGCACCUGCAGAACGUGCGACAUACAGACUCUGGGCCAGGCUGUGACGCGGACGGGGUUUGGAAGAGCAGCUGGGAAUCCAAGAUGGCCAGGAUUCAAGUGGGGGAUGCCCGCGUUCUCCCCGCUCCGUGCAGAGCCCACGAGGGCCUGGAUGGUGUCGGCCGCCCACGCUGUACCCCCAGCAACACGCCAGCCCUUGUGGGAAGUGGAGAAAGAGGAGUGAGAAUACCAGCCCGAGGGGUCUUUGGAGUGUUUGCAGGAUUCCAGUUGAUGGAAGCAGCGGAUGUGGAGGUCCACCAGCUAGAUCUGCCCCUGAGAGAACAGAGUGCUAAAUCCCUGGGCGCCGUGAGUGUUUGUGGCUGGCAGCGCUCGGCUUCGUCGCUCGUCUCCUCCUCCCUCCUGCACCCAGUGACCCAGUGCCAGACUGUGAGCUCUGAGACCACUUCUGAAGACAUCUCCUGCCUUCUCCCAUCUAGGGACACUUACCUGUGACAGCUGAUACCAGGAAUGACCCCAGCAAACAGACUGGAAAAGAGGAUCGUAAGCUCGGUCAUGGGCUGUCUGGCUCACUAGGAGAGUGACAUCGCUGAUGAGAGAUGGAGUGUUGGUGGCCCUGGGAUGUGUUCCACUAACUCGUACAAAUCACCACCAGUGGAGGGAAGACCAAUAGCUGGUGUUGGGGGACGGGGAGGUGAUAUUCCAGCCUGGACUUCCCUUUGUGGGAAACUUUCUAAAUAACAGAAUCAGUUCCUUUAAAAGACACAGGACUUUUGGGUUAUAUAUUUCUGCCCAAGUCCAUUCUCGUAUGUCUUCUUGGAUAAGUUUUGAUGAGUUACAUGCUUUAAGAAUUUGUCACUUCAUCUAUGUUUACAAUUUAUUGGCAUUAAUUCCUCCAUAACGUUCCUUUCUCAUUUCAUGGCCGCAGAAUCCUGGUGAUGAUCCUCCUUCUAUUUCUGCAGCUUCUCAGGGUGGAAGCCAAGAUCGCGGACUCCAUCCCACGCUGGUGUUUGACUUGUAGCUGCUGGAGGGUUCUGAGCCACAGCACGUGCAACCUGGUUUAUAUUUUAGAGGGCAGAGGGAAAGCACAGUGCCCGGGAAUUCCGAAGGCGAGCCCCAGAUGUGUCUGUGAAGAUGUCGGGGGCUCCCUGGCGUAAGACCUGGUCUUCGGGCGGCAGUCCUUUCCGGUGUAGACUUGGGAAGGUAAAGUGAGCCGCCUUGUGUUGGAGAGACCUCCGGACAGCAAGUGAUGGGGAGUGAGCAAUGGAGAGGGCCACCUGGGCAGCUGGGCAAGGCGCGUCCUCUUGAGCCAGGCAUCCUGGCGCUCUGGUCUCCGUGUGUCUCCCCCCCUUCCCUGGUCAUGUCACCUGGGCACAGCGCUGACCCCUCGCUGUUUCCUCUGCUGGAGAAGGGGUGUAGGACCCAACCCUCGUGCGGGGCUUCUGAGGAUUAAAUGCAACCAUCUAAAGAAAGCCGUGAGCAGAGUACCUGGCAAAUAGCGAGCCCCCGGGGAGCAGCAAUAUUAACAGUAAGGCCUCCCAUGUAAGGAAGCUCUGCACUUGACCCUGAAGAAUGCGAGGAAGCAGCGGAAGAACUGGACCCCAGAGCCCUCGGUGCCCCAGGCCUGACAGGGAAUAGGCCUUUCGUGAGGAACUCCCAGCCACAGCUCGGGAAAGAUCGCUUGUUUUGUUUUGUCCUUUGGCGUCUUCUCUUUAUCUUCCACGCAAGGCUCGGAGGAAGCAUCCACUCUUGAUCAGAGGGUCCCGUAGCCCGAGCUGGGAACUUCUCGCCCAAGGGGGACCGAAGGAGCGCCAUCCCUGUGCCUUGGAGCAAAGUCUGUUUUUGAAUCCCUGCUUAACUCUUUGGAAUGUAAAGCUCCUUUAAAGCUAUUUUUGAAUCUAAUUCUAUAUUAAUCUUUAAUAUGAUCCAAUUUAAUCAUGAGUCUUAAAUCUCUCACACCGAGUGUGUGCGCGCCCAUCAGAUCCUACUCUGAACAUCGUUAGGUGAGUUUAAAGGGAUGAGCUUCUUUGUGCUCUGAGAGCUGACCUUGUCGAGCAGCUCUGUCCCUCACUCCUUCCCUGGCACCGGGGGUUUGGGGCCACGUGCCGUCUCACACCCGCAGGGAGGGGGAGCCCGCGUGCCGCACCCCCACGAGGAUGCGCGGGCUGACAGUGUGAGCGUGGGUCCAGGCAGAGUCUCCGUAGUUCCACUCCUUGCGUCUGACCAAACACACGGCCUGUUGCCCCAGUAAACGCAGAUCAGAAGGCGGUAGGUACUGUGUGCUUAGUCGUGCCCCCUUAUUAGCACUUGGUCUUAACUCGGCAGGAGCAGUUUGUCUCCAGGGGACACGUGUCAGUGUCUGGAGACAUUGUUGUUUGUCACAGCUGGGGGAUGGGGGGCCUGGCACUUAGAGGGGGGCCAGGGAUGCUGCUAAAGCCCCUGCAGACCCCAAGAGGACCCCCACGACCCAGCAGUGUCUGCUGCAAAAUGUCAGCAGUGCCAAGGUGGAGGAGCGCCGACUUCUGGAAAUCCACUGGUUUUUAAUGUAUCAGAUGUGAUUCUGCGAACGACAUCUGACGGGCAAAACCAGUCUUCAGUCACUUUACCAAGGAAAUACUUCCUUGGCACCAACCCCCGGGAAACUCUCGUGCCAAGCCUAGUCGGAGAACCACGUUCCUCGGUGACGCAACAGUGGGUCUUGCUGUUCUGUU